AAAUCAUGGUUAAUUUUUGGAAAGCUAUAACACGCCGAAAAACUGAUGAUGUCCACGAGGAAGAAUCAAAAUUGGCACGUGUCCUGGGUCUACUCGAUUUAACCGCCUUAGGUGUGGGUAGUACCCUUGGUUUGGGUGUAUAUGUACUGGCUGGUUCAGUAGCAUAUAAUAUUGCCGGUCCUGCUGUAACAUUGUCUUUCCUCAUUGCGGCGGUUGCCUCCGCUUUUGCUGGUAUUUGUUAUGCCGAAUUUGCGGCUCGUGUACCAAAGGCCGGCAGUGCCUAUGUUUACAGUUAUGUGACAAUUGGUGAAUUUGUGGCCUUUACAAUUGGUUGGAAUUUAAUUUUGGAAUAUGUUAUUGGUACUGCCUCAGUGGCCAGAGGCCUGAGUGGUUAUUUCGAUUCAUUGAUUGACAAAAACAUGUCAACCGCUUUGACGGAGGCCUUGCCCAUUAAUGUUAGUUUCUUGGGUGAUUAUCCGGAUUUCUUGGGCUUUGGCAUGGUGUUGGUAUUGACAUGUAUAUUGGCUUUUGGUGUAAAGGAAUCAACCUUCCUGAAUAACAUUUUCACCAGUGUUAAUAUUAUUACCAUUUUGAUUGUUUUGGUUGCCGGUGGUUGGAAUGCUGAUCCCAAAAACUGGUCCAUCCCCGAAUCUGAGGUUCCUGAGGGUUUUGGUAAAGGUGGUUUUAUGCCUUAUGGUGUUGCUGGUGUUAUGGCUGGUGCUGCCAAGUGUUUCUUUGGUUUUGUGGGUUUCGAUUGUAUUGCCACCACCGGUGAAGAGGCCAUUAAUCCCAAACGCAACAUCCCAUUGGCCAUUGUCAUAUCGCUGAUUAUUAUUUUCUUGUCGUAUUUUGGUGUGUCCACAGUAUUGACCAUGAUGUUGCCAUAUUAUUUGCAGAACGAAAAUGCUCCCUUCCCCGAUGCCUUUGAGGCCAUUGGCUGGAUCGCUGUUAAAUGGAUUGUAACGAUUGGUGCCAUCUUUGCUUUGUGCACCAGUUUAUUGGGCGCCAUGUUCCCCCUACCCCGUGUCCUUUAUGCCAUGGGUAGUGAUGGUAUUAUUUUCAAGAAAUUGUCGAAGGUUAACAAUUUCACAAAAACACCAUUGUUGGCCACCAUAUUAUCCGGUAUUUUGGCAUCUGUCAUGGCAUUACUCUUCAAUUUGGAUCAAUUAAUCGACAUGAUGUCCAUUGGUACCCUAUUGGCCUAUAGUAUUGUGGCCGUAUGCGUUCUAGUCUUACGUUAUCAAGAUGAUGAUAUGAGCGGUCGUGAAGUUACCCUACGACUACCCACGGUUAUUAAACAAUUUUUCAAUGGCAACUCCUUCCGCGAACCAAAUGUUCUAAGUUCGGCCAUAACCAAAAUUGGUGUCAUUCUAUUCGGUGUGGUGUGCAUUCUAUGGUGCAGUAUGGAUAAAAUUUUUGAAUUUGGUUCCACCGAUUCAAUUAUUGCCUUGAGUGUUUUGGGUGCUGUGUUAAUUGUCAUCUUAAUUAUUAUUGGCUGCCAACCAGUGUCAUCGAUUGAGUUAACAUUCAAAGUGCCAUUGGUACCCCUGAUACCCUGCCUUAGUGUUUUCGCCAAUUUAUAUUUGAUGUUCCAAUUGGAUUUGGGUACAUGGGUGAGAUUUUUGAUUUGGGUAUUUAUCGGUUAUUGCAUCUAUUUUGUGUAUGGCAUUCGCAAUUCGACACAAAUUACACGUAAUAAAAAUCAUGCAGCCGCCGCUUUGGAUAUGCAACGUACCAAUGCGGCAUUCGAGCCCGAUUGGAAGGUGGAGAAUGGUAAAAGCAUAAAAAUGUAA